AUGAAUGGAGCCCACGUGACCAAACAUCAUGUGACGUCUGUGGAGCGGCGGCGGCGGCGGCGGCGGCGGAUCCCGAGCCUGGUCCGGCCCGGCCUUCCCAGCGCGCUCGGCCCGGCCCGCGCAGGCGGCGAGCCCCCAUCCCGGGCGCGGAGCCCCCGCGCGGCCCCUCCCUACGCAGCCUCGGAACGCCCGCCGCCCCCCGCCCCGGCCUCGGCCCGCCCGGCCCGCAGUGUGAGUGCCUGCUUGCUGCGCCCCCGGGUUAUGACGACCCCCAAUAAAGGAAGCAAGGCCUUGAAGGUGAAGCGGGAGCCUGGUGAGAAUGGCACCAGCCUGACGGACGAGGAGCUGGUGACCAUGUCGGUGCGGGAGCUGAACCAGCACCUGCGAGGCCUGUCCAAGGAGGAGAUCGUGCAGCUGAAGCAGCGCCGGCGCACGCUCAAGAACCGGGGCUACGCCGCCAGCUGCCGCGUGAAGCGGGUGACGCAGAAGGAGGAGCUGGAGAAGCAGAAGGCGGAGCUGCAGCAGGAGGUGGAGAAGCUGGCCUCGGAGAACGCCAGCAUGAAGCUGGAGCUCGACGCGCUGCGCUCCAAGUACGAGGCCCUGCAGACCUUCGCCAGGACCGUGGCCCGCGGUCCCGUGGCGCCCGCUCGGGGCCCCCUGGCCGCCAGCCUGGGGCCCCUUGUCCCUGGCAAAGUGGCCGCCACCAGCGUCAUCACAAUAGUCAAGUCCAAGACGGACGCCCGGUCGUAGGGACGCACACUGGCCCAGGCGGGUCUGGGAGGGGCCGUUAGGCACGCGGCGCAUCCGGCAGCCCUGUCCCCUUCCUCCCCCCCCCCCCCCCCCGUCCUACCUCCUCCCUCCCCUGCGAAGCACAACCUGCACCCCAGGGGCGCCGGGCUGAGCCCCUCGAUCUCGUCGUCGUUAUCGUGUGUUUUGUACGUUGGGAUUGGUCAGUUCAGCGGUGACGUGGGUCGCCCCUGCCCCCUUUGUACCAAGGCCACGUGGCUUGGACCCAGAGCUGGCCCUUUGGGAACAGAGAGAGAGAGCGAGCGAGCUGUGGGACUCACGUGUCCCCGAGCAGGGAGGGCUCCAGGGUAGGAGGCUGCUCUCUGUCCCGAGUGGCCCCAGGCCCUGAAGGCUGCCCGGCUGGUAGGGGCUGGGCAGUUCACUCACCGAUGGACUCUGCUCCUCGGAGCAGGGUGUCCUGAGGGCCCUGGACAGGCGGGCCACCAGCCUGGGUGCCGGGCACAGGGCGCCGUGUGGCUGUGGGCCAGGGGCCUGGGCACACUUGCCUGACGCCUUGCACUGAACAAGACCAAAUCACUGGUUGUGAGCGUGCGUGAGGGUGUGUCCAGUGUCCUGCGAUGGUCCGUGUCGCUGUUUACAUGACCUAUUGGUGUGGUUACCUAGCCCUUUAUUUAAAAGAGAGAAGUUCCUUUUACGAAGUUAUUAAAUUAUAUGUUUAAAAGCUAAAGAAAAAAGCUGCAGAGUAUUUAUAAAACUGUCUUUUUACAAAAAAAAAACAAAAAAAAACAAGCAAGAACAUUUGACCCUAUAAAUGGAAAAGGGAAGAAAGUAUAAUAGAAACUUUGCUAGUUUAAAAAAAGAAAAAAAAAAAGCCCUUUCUUGUAAACUUACAGACAAGUCUUUGUGGCUGUUGAAGUUUAGUUUUUAUAUACACAGAGUUAUCAGAUGUUAUUUAUAAAACUUAGUUUAAAAAAGAAAAAAAAAAAACAAGCCGCGAGCGACCACAAGGCGCGUCCCGACGUCCUCUUUGCUGACUUUUGCAAUUGUACCGAAAGUGACUUACUCCGGCCCUCCGCUUCCGGCCGCGCGCCGUGUCGUCCGUCCGUGCCUGGUGAGGUCUUGUGCAGCGUCUGUGCUGGUGCUUCUGGUGACCUUUGACCUGUGGGUGUCACUUGUGUCUGUUUCCCUGUGUUUGUUUUUGGGUUUGGUUGUAUUUUGCUCUGGCUUGCUGGGCAAGGGCUGGGGUGCCGUGUGGGACCCGCUCCAGCAGUUUGGGAGGGUCUGUGCCCGCCAGCCCGGCCUCCCCGCCUGCCCCAGGCCUCUAGGAGGUCCCACCAGCCCUGCUGCCCUCGGCUUCGCAUGUGUGUGUCAGGUUUGGGCUGAUCCAGCCUCGGGGCCGGUGAGACUGGGAGUUAUUCCGGGGCCCCCACGCUGCUUCCAGGCCCCCACCUCUGGCCCUGGGUGGGGGCUUUGCAGAUCAAGGAGUCGCUGUCGGUGCCCACGGGGCCACGGCCACGCUGCCUGCCCCCCCGCCGUCUUCCCUCUGGUGUCCAGUCAGCCUGCUCGGCUCCGGCCGCGGACCCCAGCUUUGUUCCUCUCGGCUUCCCACGGGCCUCGGCUGGGGCCGCUCAAGGGCCCCCUUUUCCCAGAACUGUUUGUGUGCUGCGGAGCGGUGCUUCCUAGACAGAACCAGGUGGUUUGGGGGGCCCGCCUGGGGCGGCUCCUGCCUGCCUGAGGGCCUGGGGGUCUCCACCAGUGUCAGACAAGGGCUAGUCUCCAGGGCCAGGGCCUGUCCCUCCCCCCUGAACAUGCUGGCAGCUCUCGGCCUCAGGCCUUCUUCCGCCUCCUUUGGGGUCUGUGUCUUCCAGGAUCCGACGCUCGGCUGUGGAGGUGCUUCUCUGGUGCUGAGCCGCCUCCCCGUCCCGGCCACGCGGUGGAGGCAGCCAGUCUCCCAGAUUUGGCUUGGAGAGCUCCUUGUAGGCCCGUGACGGGCUGUCUGUGGUGUCUGCCCCCGAGGCUCGUGCCGUCUCUGUGGGCCUUGGCCUGUUCUUGGGGUUGCUGGUUGGCUGCUUUGGGGCCCCGAAUCCCGAAAGAGCACAGAAGUGCAACAGUGCGGCCUGGCAGGGCUUCACCUGGUGGCCAGCAGGUUCUCAUCCCAGAGUUGGACCCCAUGUGCCUGUGGGGUGGGAGCAGGGCUGCCAUCCCGGUGGGCUGCUCCGCGUCCCGGCUGCUCAGAGGCGGUCCUGGUUGUGCCGGCUCAGCCUGCCGUGGAGAUGGUGACAGUUGACGCCGGGCCGCUCAGUGGCCUCCUCUCCAGGCUGCCUCUGUCUGGUAGGGUCCAGGCGACAGGCGGUGGCGGUGGCGGUGGCGGUGGUGGCAUCGCAUUGUAACAGUCAGUCCCUAGAGAGAGGUCCUGCCCGUCCUGGGGUGGGAGGGACAGCAUCCAUGUCGAUGGACAGCUCCCACUCUGCCCUGGCCCGGAGCCGGUGUCUGUCUCUGCGCACAUCUGCCGGGCUGUGGACUGGAGGGUGGAGGGUGGAGGUGGGUGAGGAAGGUGAGAGGAGGGGUUGAGAGUGGGUGGUGCUGAGCAGAAAUUGCAGGUCAUGGGUUUGGUUUGCAGAAGCUUCUGGAGUUGGUGAGGCCAUGUCCCUGGCAGGGUUUUGGGUUUGAAGCAGCUGCCCCUUGGGUCUGGGGGAGCAUCCAGUUCUUGUCAAGCCAGCCCUGCGGGGGCCCCUCCACUCUCUCCCCGCUUCCCCUCGGUUUCUUCACAGUAGGUUCUGUGUCCACAUGUGACUGGCGUGUCUCUGGUCCUUGUUAGUUUCUCCCACUGAGUGUGUUGUGUUCCCUCUUUCUCUCCUCUGCUUUUCUGACACAGUGAAUCGAGGGCUUUGGCCAGAGCCAAGAAUCCCAAACGUGUCCACUAAGUAAACCAUGCUGUGCUCCUGCCCUCCCCCGACUCCUCCCUCACCCCAACAUGGACGCUCAGAUUUCAGAGCAGAACCUGUGGGCACGGGUCAGCUCCCGCCCAGGCCUGGCUGCUGCUCCAGCCGGCACUGCCCUUUGUACGGUGGGAAGACACGGCUGCUCCGCGGGUGGCAGCUACGAGCGCCGGUUCCUGACGGGGCUGCGGCAGCAGCCUCCGCGGCCGUGCCCGGCCCACAGCUCAGGCUGCCGGAGCUCCAGGACAGGUGGUCAAGCCCAUCUGGUCUCGGCGGCCUCCAGCUCCGAGGUGGCCUGUUGGUCAGAGCUCCCCUCCACAGCGGGGCAGCCUGAACCACAGCCUCCAGCACCAUUUCCGCCCUGGGAUCUUGUAAGUUACUUUUUUGGGCUGUGGUUUAGUGAAAGGAACCAACACAUUAACGAUUUUUUCCCCUCAGAAGCCACGGAAUAAUUCUUUUUGGCGCGUUUUUGCCUUCCUGUUGGCUGUCUGGUUUGGGAACAGAUGGGGAGACGGGUGUGCCCGUGGGACAGAGGGCCUGGCCUGUGUCCUGGGCAUGUGCUGUCCCUGUCGGCCGGUGGCACACAGUGGCACCGCCCUGGAGCAGCAGCCUUGGUACGCGGGUGUCCCCCGCGAGCUGGGGAGCAGCCCUGCCAGCAGCCUCGGCCCCAGCCCCUCCCUUCCCACCCCCUCGCUCUGCGAGUCCCGGAAGCCUUUAACCAAACGGGAGCGGGUGCAGAGCCUCCUCCUGGAUCUUAGGGCAACAGGACAAGGGCUGCCCGGUGGGUCCCGCGCUCCCGGCGCCCGCCGAAAGGGUGGGUCCUCGAUCACACCUGCCCGCCCUGCGGAGGCCUGCAGCCGGGAGGAGGGGGUGCAGGUGGGGGCCUCGGGGGCGGCCUGCCCGCACCCCGCCCCGCGCAGUAUUUAUUGCUAAGUUAUUGUCCAGGGGGGCGGCGCGGGCCGGGCCCAGGUAUUUAUUGCUGUACAUAGUGUAUGUUUGUGAUAUAUAAGGUUUUCUUUAUUUUGUAUAUGACCAAUAAACACCUUUUAAAAAGA